CAUAAUAUGCAGAGCCUAUACUCGACGCACACAGAGUGUAUAUAUUUGUAGCUUCGUCUAUACAAUUCGUGUUAAUCUAAUGUGUUUUAUGUACACGAAUAUAUACAGACAAGUGACUCGAUAUAUUAUAUAGUUGUCUCGACAUUCCGUAUAGUCGUAGCCAGUCGACGAUCAUCUGCUAAAGACAUCGACGGCAGUCCAGCGCGUCAAUUCAAGCGUAUAAUCAGUCUUUUUAAACUAUCAUCCCGAUUACAAUGUCAUUCAUUUCGUGCUGUACGCCGAAACGAUAAUAACACCCAAAAGCGAAACGUUUUUAAAUGCAAGAAUGAAAUUAAAAUAACAAACUGAAUUUGUGUUGUGUCGGAAAUUAUUAUUUUGUUUUCUGUGACGGAUAUUUGUCGAUUCAUUUUUUGUGCAUGGGAUGGGAUGCUGAACUUUGUUGUAAAAAAGAGAGAUUUUCUUUACUGUUCUUCUUCAAGUGAUGUCAUAUAAUGUGUAUAAUGCUGGUUUAAACUGUGUCGUCUAAAAACAACCGAAAUUUCAUAUUUUCUACACGCAAAAUACAAAAUAUCCAAAUUUUAUCAAAUAUAUCAUUGUGUGCACGAAGAAGACAGGUACAGUUACUCAAAGUUAAUUGUGAAUCAUUAUACUUUCCGUUGUUGUUGAUCGUGUAGAAGUUAACCAACAAAAAAAAAACGAAAACAAUCGCAAAAUUUGUGUGCAAAGAUUUUAUUUUUGUUUUUAAAUGUCACCGAAAAACGAUCGGCAUAGAAAGGGAAUGUUUAAACUGUUGAAUGAUCGAUUUUGUGUUACAUGCAGCUCAAUGCAACGUAGAAUGCAGUAUGAAGAAGUACCUGAUGAUAACUACGAUUUGCCUUACCACCAUCAAAACGACAAUGGUGAAGCAGUCAUGAUAAAAAUUGAUGUACCAGUGCCUUUGCGUGAAGAACCCAGAUUUCCGAAAGAAAAAUGGAAAACAUUUACCGCAUUCGUUGUUCUCGCCUCGAAUAUGAUUUUAGCCACAGUCUCCCUAUCGCUAGUCCAUGAACGGUUGCCAGACCGGGAAACAUACGGACCACUGCCGGACGUAUUUUUAGACAAUGUGACGCCACAAGACUGGGCUUUAGAUGUUAGUGAAAUUUUAAUAAUGAUUCAAGUCAACGCUUGCAUUAUACUCAUCACUUUUCAUAAGCAUCGAUUCAUAGUAAUGCGUCGAAUCUUCCUAAUGAUGUCAAUAUUAUACUUCUUACGUUCGAUAACCAUGUACGUGACUGUAUUACCCGUAUCCAGUACCACAUAUUUUUGUAGUCCAAAAUUAUCGAAUUCCACAACGCCAUUAAUAAUUGCAAAACGAGCGUUUCAGUUGAUGUCUGGUUUCGGAUUGUCAAUUAAUGGAAAGCAUACAUUUUGCGGAGAUUAUAUUUACAGUGGCCAUACGGUUAUGCUGGUGUUAGGUUAUUUAACAAUAUCAGAAUAUCUGCAAAAGCGUUUUUACAUUUUGCAUUGGAUUGCAUGGACGAACGCCUUUGUCGGUGUUUUGAUGGUACUAGUCGCUCAUGGCCAUUACACGAUAGACGUACUUAUUGCCUACUAUAUUACUACACGCCUGUUUUGGGUAUACCACACACUUGCCAAUAACUGCUUCUUAUUGAAGCAAGCUGGACCGAAUAACUAUUUGGCCAGAGAAUGGUGGUUCACAUACUACAAAUAUUUCGAACGAAACGUUCGGGGCCAAGUACCGAAUCACUUCGAAUGGCCAUUGCCCUGGCCGAGACGUUUCCUAACGAAAAUUCCUAAUCGUGAAAGUUAACAUCAACACUCACCGCUACAAAAGUCUGACUAUUUUUUAGGUUUACGAAGGCGCGCUUACUACUAUGUUAAGAAGCUGAUGUAUGUAUUCCGUACGUACAUCGAAAUUGAGUUGAAAAAUAUUUGAGAUAUUUUUGAUGUGGGGUCUUAUUCAUUUCGGAAAAAUGUUAUUUGUAUAGUUUUUUGUGAUUGAUCAGUUCUCUUCCCGUUAAAGUUUUUUUUUUUGUUUUAAAACAUGUUGGCUAAUAGUUGAAAGUAGAAAAGAAAAAUUAAUAUUCCUCAGUUACGAAUUAUGGUUAGCAAAUUGACAAGUGAUUUUAGAUCGGUUACAGCUGAUAUUAAUUGAUGAACGAAAGUGUUAGAGAUAAUUUACUGAAAAGAGUUUAAUUAUUUGUCCGGGAUUUUUUCUUAAAUUUUGUUUUUUGUUUUAAUUUCUCCCUAAAAUAGACGACGGAUUCCAUCAGAUAUUUGAACGACAUAAAAAAUUUCCUUUUUUGUUAAAAUUAAUUUUGUGAAUCCAGAUUUAUACAUUUUUCAUUGUUAAAAUUAGUGAUUUGUAUGGUUUAGCGCAAUGUGUGCGUGCGCGUUCGUAGAAAGUGACAAACCUCAAUUCUAAAAACAAAAUAAUUUAAAAAUAAAUAAAUAAAAAACGUGGUUUUCGUGAACCUUCCACUAAAUUUGCCUAUCAUAUUCACCUCUAAACGAGCAAAAUCAAACCUUGUUAUGUAUAACUUGUAAAAAAACAAAGAAAUAUUCUAAAGAAACGUUUUCUAACUUUUUCGUAAAACAAAAAAA